AUGUCGGCAGAAGGCCUCUCGUCGUUUGUGGCGGCGCUGCGGCGGCCGACAAAGGGCCGGUACACCGAGGACUCGCUGCGCAACACCAUCAUGAUCAUUGCACUGCUCGAGGUGGCAGUGGUCAUCACUCUCCUCUCCAACCACGUCAAGUGCACUCCGCCCAACACAGCCAAGCACAACGUGACUCUGGCAGAGCUGCCGGAGAUCGACUUUGUUCAGCUAAAGUGCGCGUCGCAGUUCAAGCAGCUCUACUACACCCUCGCCACCACCCUGCUGUUCAUUGUCUACGCGCUCUUUGUCUACUCGCGCUCGUCGUCGUACCUCUCUGACCUCACGGCCGCCAUUCGCAAGCGCAUCAAGCACGAUGAGUACCAGAUCGCCUUGGCAAACACCCCGCAAACUCCCAUGGCUGGCUCGGUCUACGGCUCGGUCCGCGGCCCGCCGUACGGCGGCUCGCUGAGAGCACGCACCUCAUCGCAGGCCGGCAGGCCGCUCUCGGGCACCUUUGCGGCGCGCUCGGCAACGAUGCCAGCCCGACCAGGCGCGGCCGCCGCCCCGCAGCCCGCUCUCGCCACUGACCGCCCGCUCUCGCCGCAAGCGACUCCGCGCUCGCGCUCGGCAUCUGACGCCUCGGACCCGUACGCCACCCUCAUUGACGACACGCCGUGGGCGCCGCUCGAGACGCCGCACGAGAUUGCGCUUAGCAUGGAAAACGACAUCCAGGACGUCAUCGACCGGUUCCGUCGGUUCAAGGUCGUCGCCAUCAUUGUCUACGCCGUCAUCUUUGUCAUGGCCGCCCUCCAGAUCACGGUGUUCUCGGUCCAGGGCGAGCUCAACUCGUUCUCGUGCCACUCGGCCCGGUUCUCGGGUCUCAACUCCGAGUUUCCCAACCUGGUCUACACCUGUGCAUCGGUGGUGACCAACUGGAUCGCGUUUAUGGCCGGCCUCGCUGCUCUGGCUCAGCUCGGCAUGUUCUUCCUCCUCUUCACCACCUACCGCACCCUCAAGCGCUACGGCCGCAACCGCGAGUGGGAGGCGCUCGUCCCAUCGUUUCAGGACGAGAUGCCUGCGUCAGGAAGCGCAACUACCGCCGCCGCCGGCUUGAGCCCCUCAUCUGGCACGCCGUUCCCGCUCCUCUCGAUUGCCGGCCAGGCAUCAGGCAUGUAUCCCGCGACCGGUGUCGCCGAGCCGAGCUCGACCGACGCGGCCUCGAUGCUCUACGGCGCAGUCUCCGGCCUGCUCGGUGGGAACAAGCCGAAUGCCCCGGCUGGUAACCCCUACAGCGCCCUGCCCGAGGGACUCGGCCUCGGUGGCCUCCCCUCGCACCUCGCGGUUCUGCAGGACGCGGUGGCCUCACUCUCGACCGUGGCGGCCGACAUGCGCUCGCUCGGCGAUCCGGCCCUGCUUGCCUCGCUCGGUGCGCUCUCGCAGCACCGCCUGGUUCUUGCAGGCCUGGCGGCGACCUUCCGUGAGAGCUUUGUCACCGGCCUCGAGCACAUGGCGGAGACCAUGCGAGCCCGCGCGUCUGCCACAUCGUCCGAGUUCUCCGACGACGAGGCCGUCUUUCUCCGUGUCCUCGACGCCAAGCUCGCCGCCUUCGCUGCCGGCAACGACGCCGACGUCGACGCCGCCAUCCAUCGAGGUGGAAGCCACAUCACAGGCGUGGCGGCCGGCGACGCCGCGGCCAGGCCAUCGUAG